CCCCCCCACCCCGCCGCCCGCGGGCCCGUCUGGGGUUACGGUGACCCAACCGUCCCCCGCCUCGGGCUACGGUGAGCGAACGGGUUUGGGCCCUUUGGAGAGCACGCUGUGAACGCCAGCUGGAUUGCAGUGCAGGAGCUGGAGAAGCUGGGCCUGAGGGAUGACGUGGAUCUGCACGUCUACGAGGUUCCUGUUGAAUACCAGACAGUGCAACGACUCAUUCCUGCCCUGUGGAAGAAGCACAGCCCCCAAGUGACUGGUGGUUCACGUGGGAGUGUCGGGCAUGGCCACGACCGUCACCCUGGAGAAGUGUGGCCACAACGUGGGUUACAAAGGGUUGGACAACUGUCGGUUCUGCCCGGGCUCCCAGUGCUGCGUGGAGGGUGGUCCAGAGUGCAUUGACUCCAUCAUUGACAUGGACACAGUUUGCAAGAGGGUCUCAGCACUGGGGCUGGACGUGGCCGUCACCAUCUCCAAGGACGCCGGCAGGUACCUCUGUGACUUCACUUACUACACCUCCUUGUACCAGAGCCGUGGCAGGUCGGCGUUUGUCCACGUUCCUCCGCUGGGAAAACCGUAUUCCGCGGAACAGCUGGGCCGGGCCCUCCAGGCCAUCAUAGAGGAAAUGCUGGAUCUCUUGGAGCACUCCGAGGACAAAAUCAACUGUCAGCACGAACACUGAGCGUGGGCAGGGAGGCCAUCCUGCUAUUGCACUUCCGAAAUUUUCCCUGUUGCUGAAGUACUGAGGGAAAAAAAAAAAAACAAAACAAGAAAAACCAACAAAACCCGGGGCUGAGACGUUCCAGACCCAGAAUUGGAGAUUCCCAAAAAAAACCCCGAACAAACAACGACAACAACAAAAAAAAGGAAAAUUCCUCUUCUAGAAAUGGACUUUUUUUUUUUUUUUUGUCCGAAUCUGUGAGUUUCAGCCUCGGCAACAAAGGAUUCAAACUCUCUUCUUUCAAGACACCUCGUUCCUGAGUGACUGAAGUGUGUGUGUGCUGGGAGCUUCCCUGUCAGCCAGGUGAUGGAAUCCGGCACGGAUAUGGGAAGUUCCUCACCUGGACUUGGCCUUCAGGUGCAGGGAAUGGAUAACCCAGCCCUCUACUGGCUUGUCUUUGAGUUGAAAGGUUUGCUUUCAGUCAGUUUUGGGGUUUCUUUCCCCCCUCCCCUCCCUCUCUCUUUGACCCAAAUUAGAAGGUAAAAGUACACCUGGAAAGAGUUGGAAUGGCAUGGGACUGCCUUGGAGAAGAGUUUGGUGGGGGUUGAGGAGUCUCCAAUUGCUUUGCUGAAAUGGGGAAUUAUUUUAGGCACUGACUCCUCACCCCACACCCUCCAAACAUCAGUGAUGUGCUGGUUAAGCGUAGCUGCAAGUAGAAGGGCUGUGUUUGGGUUCCUUUUGCCUGGAGCAGGAUUUGGGGUUUUUUGGGGCCAAACUCUCGCCAAAUAUUCCCAAACAUCUUCUUCUUUUUUUUCCCUGGCUCCCUCUUGGCCACCUUCCUCCCUCAAGUCAACCUCAAGUGGACCUCCUGCACCGAACACCUCUGCUCCUGAGUGUCCAAAAUGAACCAUCAGUGGUUAAAGAGCUUUGCUAAAGGCCACUUUUCCCAUGGGAGAUCCUUAUCCCAGCCUCUUGGUGCUCCCUGUUGGGUUUUAAGGCAAAGGUUGAGUAAUUUAUAACUUCCUUAGUUACAAAUUUUUCCCCCCUCAUUCCAGUGAUGUUUAACCCAAAUCCCGAGUCGCCGCCUCUGGUUUAGGGGAGGCAUCAAAAUACAGAUUAAAAGACGUCCUGUCAAAUCUAAUCCCAAACCUCCAACCUCUUCCCACCGCCUGGAAAGCCGAGGCAGUGGUUUGAAAACAAGGAAUUUUGCUUUGGGUGAGGAUUCCAGGCUCUUUCAUAGUGUCUCUUCCCCCCUCCUCUCCCAGUGGGAGGCUCCGAAGUGCUGCUGCUUGUGUGGACUUUCCCAGGAAUUCUCUUUUGGGGAAGGGCACAGGCAGGAUCCAGGCAGGACUUGAAAAGUGGGUGAUGCCUGCUGGUCACGUGUGGAGAUUUUGCUGCCAAAUCACGAGAUUCCAACAAAAACCAGAGGAUGUUGCAGCAGGAACAGACUCCAAAUUGGUGGUUGAGGACCAGUCGAGCUCCUCAAGGAGCCUUUUAAAUGAAAGAAGUCUGUGAUUUGAAUUAAUACUUUUACAAAUAUAUAUAUAUAUAUAUAAACCAACUUUUUGAAACGUUUUAAACCCCCUUAUUUUAGUUUUUCCAAUGCUGACUGGCUCUGUUUUAGUAUCUCUCAGUGAGAGCUGCCCUGGACUUGCUGUUUGCCAGGAAAAAAUAGGAUGGCAAAGGACAAAACCACUCCUUGUAACCCUCAAGAGAGAGAGGACAAAGACUUUUCCAGAUGCAAGAACUCUCAAGGGGGCACCUGUGGAUGAAGAGUUUUGGGUAGACCCAGGGAAAUUCCCUCUGUUUUCCCUCUCCAGGCUCAAUCAAAGGAAUUCUCCUUCCAAUGGAAAUAUUCUUCCCCUUCAAAUCCGAGGUAGCACUUGUCAGACUUUUCUGAUUAGUAAUUUAUUCUAUUUAAUAUUUUGCUGAAAUCUUCGUGGUUUGAUGCAUUUUAUUUUUAUUUUUUUUGGUGAUUAGUUGAGCUACUUAUCCUGUAGUUUUAUCCCUUUGUUGGUGGGAAUUUUUCCUCCUGGGGGUUUCUUAGCUGCUAAACUUUGGGAAGGAGGAGUAUCCACGUAUUCCAGGAGCUUUGGUGAUGGACUAAUUCCCAGUUAAACUAUUUAAUUUUCCCUGUAAUGUAGUUGUGGAUAAAAUGGGAGUGGAGGAUCAACAGAUUAGUGAGGCGACAACAGAAUUCCAAGCGUGGAAUUGGAGCAGGAGCGGGAAGGGCUGGUUGGAGCUGAGCUGGGUGGGCUCUGUGGGGGAUCAGUGGGAUCCAGGUGAGGUGUUCCCUGUCUAUCCAUGUCUCCUGGGUGUUCCCACACCCUUUGGAGCCUCGGAGAUCCCACUGGUGGCUCCAAAUCCGCCGGCAGGGAGCACAGACAGCAGCAGUUCCGUGGGAAGAGCUUCCCACACAUCCUGUUCAACACCUAUAAAUAUUCCUGGUUUGGGUGCUCUCUGCUAUUCCAGGGGAAAAUCCGGAGCCAGUUUCCGUGCCUGCUGCUGUCUGAGGACCACAGUGCUUGGCCUUGGAUGUGUCAGUGUUAAAAUCCCAUUUUUUUUUUUUGGAAAUGGUUCGCUCCGAGCUCUGCUCUUCUGAAGCUCCACGGGAUCAUGAUGUUCCUUUAGGAAACAUAAUUUAUUUUAUACUCCUUUUUUUAGGGUUUUUUUUUUGAGAAUUAGUCCUGAGGUUGUGUUUGUAAAGGGUGUCAUGGUCAUAGAGAAAUUUCCUGUAGCGAAAACUUGGGGAAAAAAAUGUCAUUAAACUAAUUUUAUGUCAUCUGACCUAAAUUAAAUACUAUUUUUUUUCUGGGAGAGGGUGGGGGAUUUCAAAGCUUUUUUUUUUUUUGUUGAAUUCACCAAGCUUUUCCUCUAGGUGCAUAUAUUUUUCUUUGGGAAAUAGGAUGUCCAAACUGAUGCAGAGCUUCAAAAAGCCGAUGGUUUGUGUAAUCCUAUAUUUCCUCCCUCUUCCAGCUCCUCAGUAAAUAAGGAUUUGCUAAUUUGCACUGACUGGGAGACCUGUUGCCAAGCCCAAAAAAAACCCCUUCGUGCCAGUGAGUGAAAGUGUAGGGAAUUCAGCUGGAGUUGUUCAUCCCCCUGUGACUUGGAAAAUGGGAGAGCUGGUGGAAUUUCAGGAUCGUGCGACUGCAAAAUUGGGGAUACAGAGAAAUGAAGGCUGAGGGUAUUCGGUGUGGAAGAGAGAAUUUAGGGAGGUUCCACUGGAUGGGGGUCUGAUGUCAUUUGUCUGGGACUGGCCAACGUGUUGGGGAGGUUUGGGAUGGCAGUUGGAUUGUUCCGGUCGUUCAACGCUGCCGAGGAUUUUGAGGAACUCCAGGUGCUCCUGAACAUCUUAAUUUGGUGGUGCUGCUGUCAGGAGGUGAAUUAAACGUGAGGAUCUGCUUUAUAACCACGGGGGGAAAAGGGAAUUGUGAGCUUGGAAGGUUCUUUUCCUUAAGGAUUCAUGUGGGACUUGAUGAUCCUUAUGGAUCCCUCCCAACCUGAGCGAUCCUGGAUGUGGUCACAGGGGUUUUUUUUACCUGGUGCAGAAGCUGUUUGUGAUCUUUUGGAGAGAAUCUCAAAACCUGGCAGCAGUUCACCUUAUCUGGAGUAUCCCUCAGCCUGGUUGUUUCCUCCCAGACGUGGGAGAAGGUGGGAAAAGGAUGGAAAAGGUCGGGAAGAGGGUUCGAGGUGUCGAGUGGGGUUGUGACAUGAGCAGCCAAGAACUGCUGAGCUUCCAGAGUCCUUCCAGGAGGGACCUGGCUGGGGGUGUUCAGAGUUUCACAAAAACCUGAACUUGUUUGCUCUUCUUUCACCCCGAAAAGGAGGGAAUUUUUGGGAUAAAUGCUUCCUUGGAGGACGGUGGAGGUGGUGCUUUGGUUGGAAAGCUCAGCCCGAAGGAGUUGGGGGAUUCCCACAGCAGGAAAAGAUUCCUUGAACCAGAGCUCUGAGCUAAGAUUGGAAUUAUCAUCUCUGUAGGGUUUGUGCUGCAGAAAAUCAGGUGGAAAAAAGGGACUUUGUGUCCCAACUCACCUGGAAUCAGGUGUAGAUCUAGCAUCCAACCUCUCAAGCAGGCAAUAUUUAACCCCAAAGGGGAUUAUUCCAGGUUUUUAUUCUGGAAUAAAAACCCAGGAGCUUCCAGGCCUGCACAGACAGCACAGGCUCCCAGUGUUGUUGGUUUUGGUAAGGGAAAGCCUAAAAAAAAAGUUUAAAAUCCACUGAAGUUUCUCAAACAAUCUUGAGUUGAGUUGGAACUGGGGGAUCUUUGAGGUCCCUUCCAACCCAAACCAUCCUGGAAUUCUCUGACCCGUUGCCCUCGUGGGUGGAUUUUUUAUUUUUAUUUUUGUGUGUGUGAGAGGGAGAAAAGGAAUUGCAGGAGGAGGAGGGGGAGGAACUUCUUCAAACCAAAAAAAAAAUGGGAAAACCCUGAAAAUGAGGAACUCUGUGACUCCCCACUGCCAAAGCUGCAGCAGCAACGACGCUCUGGCCGUGGUGGUUUCCUGGUUUAAUUGGUUGUGACUCGGGAAUCUUUUUGAAUUUCUCCCGGAUUUCUCACUCCCAGCAGGUUCCCAGACACAGCUGCUGCAGGAGGGAGUGGUGGUGUCUGAAAACUGCCUGAAAAUCAGGAUAUUUAGACAUAAAAAGUACUCAGUGUGGGGCUUUUCUUAAUUCAGAUUUCGCCCCCCCUCCCUACUGCAGAUAAAACCAUCAGGAUUAAUUUGUACAGAUCCUUUCCCAAAGUAACUUCCUCCCUUUUAUCUCCUUCCCUUUAAUACUUCAUCCAAUAAUAUUUUAAUGAUUUUAAUGUUAUUUUAACGAUAGGAAUUUCAGAGUUGCAAAGGCUCUUUAUAACUUUAUUGACUUGGAUAAACCCCCCCCCCUUUGUUGAUACCAUAAAUACUCGUCUUGAUGUAGAUGGAUUUGUUAUUUUUGCACCAGAAUCCCUAAUUUUUUGCAGUAUAAAGUGCACUUUUUCUUAAAAAAAAAAAUACAAAAAACUUGUAUUCCUGUCUGAUGAGUGUCUUAUGUGCUGAAAGUGAUAUUCUGCCAAAGCUCCAAAGCUGAGGAUGUUGUUAAUUCUUCGAGGUAUUAAUUGGAACCUGAGACCUGCUUCUGCUCAGUCUUGUUUUGAGACAAAAGCAGAGAAGGAAAUGCCUCCCCAGGGACAGGAAUUAAAGAUGGGGAACGAAAAACUAUCACUGCCCUUAAAACAAAAACUCUGUGGUACUUAAAUCCUUAACUACAAACCUUCAGGUUUUUCUAUUGCACCAGCUUCUUAAAUCACAAAUGUUUACUUUUCGAUGAUCAGGGAGUGCCUUGUCCUGUGCUGGGAAGCAGAAGGGUGGGGAUGGAGAUGGGUUAAAUCCCCCGAGGUGGGGGGGGGGGAAAACUGCUGGAUUGGUGGUUCCUGAGGAUGCCCUUUGGAGGUGGAGCUCUCCAGGUUUGCUGACACACCCACAGGGACCUGACCAAGGGAAGGAGAGGAGGAUUCGCUGCUUCCUUCUCACUUUUGGCUCGGGGUUGGCCCAAUUCCUGAGGUGUUUUUUUUUUUUUUCCCCUGUGUCUCCUGUUGUGAAACCCACGGUGUCUGUCUGGGUGUAUCUCAGGUGUUCUUCCCGCCUCGUGCUUGUCAGGACUCCUGGAGCAACAAUUCCAACCCCCUCGGGGCUCCCGUUCUCUCCGUGUAUUCUUGCAGUGCCUUGUAAACCCCAACCCCCCCCCCCCCGUGUGUCACGAAGGGCUGUGUUGUGAGGGACCAGCAAUGUGCUCUCAGCUUGUACUGCCAGACUGGACUUUGUAACUGAGGAUUUAAACCUGUGUUUCAAAGGAAAUAAAGAGUUUAACUCUGA